GGCCCCGUCCACCUCCAGCGCACCGCACACCCACCACAAGUCCACAGCACGAGGCAGAGCAAAAGCCCAGAGGGAUCGGAGGAGGAGCCAUGGGCGACAUCAUCGCCGCCGCCUGCGACGCCCCGGCCCCGCAGAUGACCAAGGAGAACAACCUCUUCAUGCAGAUCGCCGUCCACCCGGACGGCACCGUCACGCGCCCCGAGGUCCCGCUCCUCCCGCCCUCCGCCCCCGGCGCCGCCGUCGCCUCCCGCGACGUGCCGCUCGACGCCUCGCUCGGCACGUACCUCCGCCUGUUCCUCCCGGACCCCGCGCCGCGCUCCCCCGCCAGGCUCCCCGUCGUGCUCUUCUUCCACGGCGGCGGCUUCGUCCUCUUCUCCCCCGCCACCGCCUUCUACCACGCCCACUGCGAGGCCAUGGCCGCCGCGGUGCCCUGCCUCGUCGCGUCCCUCGAGUACCGCCUGGCCCCCGAGCGCCGCCUGCCCGCCGCCUACGAGGACGCCGCGUCCGCCAUCGCGUGGCUCCGCACCACCGCGGACCCCUGGGUCGCCGCGCACGGGGACCUCUCCCGCUGCUACGUCAUGGGCAGCAGCUCGGGCGGGAACAUGGCCUUUUUCGCGGGGCUCCGGACCAGGGCCCUCGACCUGGUGCGGGGGCUCCUGCUGCACCAGCCCUACUUCGGCGGCGUGGAGCGCACGCCCUCCGAGGCCCGCUCCGAGGACGACGCCAUGCUGCCGCUGGAGGCCAACGACAGGCUGUGGAGCCUCGCGCUGCCCCCGGGCGCCGACCGGGACCACGAGUUCUGCAACCCGGCCAGGGCCGUGGCGCCGGAGGCCCUCGCCGGCCUGCCGCGGUGCCUGGUGACCGGGAACCGCGACGACCCGCUGAUCGACAGGCAGCGGGAGUUCGCGCGGUGGCUGCGGGACCAGGGCGGCGUGGAGGUCGUCGUCAGGACGGACCACGCGGGGUCCCACGCCUCGGAGCUCUUCGUGCCGGAGAGGGCCGAGGAGCUGUUCGCCGCCAUGCGCGAGUUCGUGUCCGCCGACGGCGCGCGCGGGGCGGCGUCGUGUUGACCUGGUGGCUCCGUUUCCGUUGGAUGGAUCCGAGUGGGCUGGGCUGGAGUGGAGUUGUCCUCAUUGUCAUUGAUUGCUGCCUUUCAUGGGUCGGAUCGUGCUGGAGAUAUCGUGUCAUUAUUACCUGUAAACGGAGAACCGAUGCUUGUGGCAACUCUUGGUCAGGAGUGCAGUCUUCAUACUGAAUCUUGUUUCUAUUUUCCACUGAAUUCUGUUGGUGGUUCACUAAGCAUAUUGUAUACAUGUUUGAAGAGGAGAGAACACUUAUUUUGGUA